UCGGCGCCAGUUAGGAUAUCGCGGCGGAUGCUCGGAGUAUCAUAUGUGGCUCGCCUACGAAACAUUUGUCAACAUCGGCCGAUAACGCGCAGAAACGCGCGUGGAGGCACAACGCUGCAGUCGCUGACAGCGUCACAACGCAACUUCACAAUUAUGUUCGCGCGCGCACGCGGCUCGUGCGGACCCGAGCGGCGAUUACGUAAAAUCGUCGAUAAUGUGCUCCGACUCGAGUCAGCGAACGGAGUACGCGAGUCGGACACUCCGAGCGAGCGGACACGCGUGGCUGCUACUCCAGUCUCACAGCGGUUGCGUGCACAUGCGUUUACUCACGUGGCGGAACGACUGUGCGCGUGUGCACCGCGUAUAGCGUUGUUCGGAGCAGAUGCGAACCACGUGCGCGGAAGCAUUAGCCGAACAGUUACGCGUGAUUCUCGUGUAUCACUGAUUUCAUCGAUGACUUCGACGGAAGACAAGAGUGCCGAAGGUUAUUCGAGUUCGGUGGAAAAGAAUAGUAGCGGUGCAGCGGCAUGCUAGAAGUAAACCGCGAGCGCGCGAGCGCGCGAUCAUAUAUAUAUCGCUCGUUGUGACAUUUCUCAAUAACGGUCUCGUCUGAAAGUUAGGCAUCUCACUUUUAACAUCCAAGUUGCAACAUCUAAUUAUCCUCAGCGAGUUUCAUGUGGAAAUGUGCGUAUAUCUCGUUUUAAUUCGUGAGGUAUGCAGCGGUAAAGUAGCGGACUGUGCAAAAAUGAUGAAACAGCUCAAGAAGAAAUUCUCUUGCAUCGAAGAUUUUUAGUUAAAAGAAAAGAAAUGGAGGAACCGGUAGCGACGAGCAGCUAUAAAAUCGAAGAGGCGACGCCGCCACGGACGGAAGCUUCUCACAGAAACAGGAUGUGUCGAAAAUACUUCGGAUGGAUAAAAUAUGUAUCAGUAGAGCCGACUAUGUGGCUCUACAUGAUGGCGUUUACGUUUACAUCGAUCGUUGAGCAAGACUUUUUUAGGUAUAAAGCGUGUCGAGUGGACCACGGUUACUCUGAGGAAGUCUGUAUGAAGCUAAACGAUGAUGAUAAUAAAGCGAUAAAGACUAAAGUACAGAUGACCGUCGCAGAGUUCCAUCAAUGGAACGACAUUGCCGGACAUGUAGUGCCUAUUAUCUUGGCGAUGUUCUACGGCAACUGGAGCGACCGGCGCGGACGUAAAUUGCCGCUCCUCCUCGGCCUGACGGGCAAACUGAUUUACUCUUUCAUGAUCGUGAUCAAUUCCAUGAUGGACACUUGGAAUCUGAACAUGAUCGUGUACACGGCGACCCUGCCGAUGAGCUUACUGGGCGCCGACGUCGCGAUCUUCGCCAGUUGCUUCGCGUACAUAUCGGACGUGAGCUCCGUGCAGCAGAGAACCAUGAGAAUCACGAUCUUGGAUGUCGCUUAUCUCAGUACUAUGCCGUCGGGAGUUGCACUUGGAUCUUACGUGUUCACACACCUGGUCAACAGGCCCUACACGAUUAUGUUCGCCGUAAACGUGACUUUGCUCUUGCUGUCGCUUAUUUAUUCGUUCGUGUGGCUCAAGUGGCAAACGUCACCGCGGCAACAACCGCUUUCGGGUGCCAACUGGCUGCUCGACUUCUUCGACAUGAGACACGUCGCCACGACAAUGCGGACGUUGGUGAAGUCGAGGCGCAAUCAUGGCAAAUUGCAUCUGUGGUUACUCCUGCUCGCGAUGUGUCUGUAUACGUUCCAGAGAGACGAGAAACCCAAGAGCCAGAUGUACACUUCACUAAUCUUCAACUGGAACGUGACAGAUUUUAGUAACUUUAAAACGUUCCAAUCGUCUCUCUUCGUAUUAGCAACGCUAAUUGGAGUGCCUGUCAUGAGUAAAUUAUUAGGAAUGAAGGACGUUUUCAUUAUAGUGGUUGGAGCGAUAGCGCACGCAUCUGGGAGAAUAGUAUUUGUUUUAGCGAACCGGCCGGAAUUAUUUUACGUAGGUGCCGUUGUCGCUGCGUUAGGUCCAGUAGUAGCUCCGGUACUUAGGUCUAUGACCUCGAAACUUGUGCCUGUGGAGGAGCGAGGAAAGGUAUUCGCGAUGCUUGCCGUAUGCGAUAACGCAGUCCCGUUAUUUAGCGGGACUUUAUAUUCCCAGAUUUAUAACGCCACAAUAAAAACAGCACCGAACUCUUUUUAUUGGCUGACAGUCGCCACGCAGAUCACCGUGCUUCUGCUAAUUUUAAUAAUCCAUUUUUCAUCGUGGUCUAAGCACGCGACCGAGGAACAGGAUUAUAUUGAUGAGACUGUGGCUCCAUCUCUUUCAAAUAAUAUUGAAACUAGCUCGUCGAGUAACGUAACGACCUAAUCUUAGCGAGCAUGUGAUAAGAUAACUGCCUUAUAUACGUAAUGCAUCCAAAGGUCAUAUGUCGUUAAAUGCUGACGUUUCAUCUUAUCGAAAGAAAUAUGUAAACACAUAUAAUCAUUUAUAGCUUAUAGAAUUUUCAGGAAAUUCCAUUUGAAAUGAGCUCAAACUUAUUGCGUGAUGUAUUUUUAAGUAUCGAUUAUUAUUGUUGAUUAAUUCUCAGGAAGAUUAAUAUAAAAUUAUAAUUUUGUACGUUAAUCUUGCGAUAGAAUAAUUUUUUGAAUAGUUUAAUUAGAAAUAU